UUGCGGGCUUAAUGGGCGUUGCGCUGCCUUGUUCGCGUACUAGUCGCAGUGUUGAAAUGAUAGACGAGUAUACGGCAUCGGACACGGAGUGAGUUUGUCGUUUCGUCGCCUAGGAUGCUCGCAAAGUCGUAAAGAAGUUUGAUAUUUCGAAAGGCACAAGUAAGUCGAACACUUGAACUUGUUCCGUUCGUGUCGUCGUGGGCCUGUGAUCGGCUUCUUGAUUCGUGGAAAAAUCGAAGGUGGUUCCUGUGCGUCAAAUCGUUGUAUUUAAUCGAAGUCGUCUCGUACACAUUGGGCGCAUCAUUUUUGGUCGGCGCUGCAUCACUUGUAACUAGUGGUAGUACUAAAAUUAGCGGUAGGAAUGCCGGUACCAGUAUGCAUCUUGAAGUUGUGUCGUUAGGACGCGUUAAUAGACUUGAUCAGCGAAUGUUUGCUGAGAAACCUGCGAUCAAGCUUUUAACCGUCGGUAUAAACCUUCUGGUCCGAGAACAGUAAUACUGGUGAAACAGAACCGUCGUUGCUCCAUGGGCGUAGUUGUUGAAAAAAUUUAAUCGUAAACCGUAGGAAAUAUAACUUCGAGAUGAGUUGCAGUUUCUGGUGGCUCAGGUUGACGUGGGUCUUCAUAGCGACGUCUUCUCGAGCUUUGAGAACCGGAGAGCGCCGCCUUCGUGCCCAGCGGGAUGAGGAUCUGCUCGUAUUCGAUGGAGAUUUGUUCCAGACAACCUAUGGAGCCGAGGCCCGUUUGUCCCGGACCUUGUCAUGUAUACUUUGUAAGCGCUAUGCACCAUUAUAGUGAAGGGGCCCUGACAGAGAAUGAGAAAGGGACAGUGCUGCGCCCUGCGUGUUGUGAACCGUCAGAGAAGGAGGAACGUGAAGCUUUUAGUUUCCGUGGGCGCUGCCACGAGUGUUCCGGCCUAUUUGCAUGCUGCGGUAAAAAGACGUGUCACGGUGGUCGGACAAGAUUGCAAGAACACGGGAAUAAGUAUGUACAAUCAAGUAGUUGCGGUAUUUCAUAGGGAGUUUGGGUCACUUUUCAUGAUGAUAACUUGCUCCGAGCGCGAAGCAGAUAAUGCAAGGCACCUUCAUGCGGGGGCCCGCCACACUGGAUGAUUCUGAAGGUAAGUGUUCUCUUGCCGUCGGGAAAGGAAAACUUUACUAAAGUUUUCCUUUCCCGGAAGCAAGCGUUGGUUCCUGAUGCUGGUUCGUUCCGUUUGUGUACUUGCAUGACAACCUCAAUACCUCCAAGUCUUUGGUUUCUCUUUCUAGUUUCGGCCCACGAAGAAUAAACUAACUCUGACACAACUUGUUCACCAAACACAGAUUCAGUGCCAGAAGGAGCGACAGGCGGUCCGGAGAACGCCGUUGCGACACCCUCCUCCGUCGCGGUUGGUAGUGCCGACUCGACGAGCAAUGAAGCGUCUGGUGUGAAUGGAGUAUGUAGACGGAAAUUUGCCACAUCAUCCCGGUCUAAUACGAAGCGAUUGGUCAUGCCAAAGUUUGUUUCUCAUUGUCUUCGUGUCUAUUUCUUUGGGUCUUGGUCUCGCCUUGUCUUUCGUCUGGGUCUUUCGUGACAUCAACCUGUUUUGCAAAGUACACUAGAACCCGUUAGAGAUUGGAAAAUCGUUCAGUGAAACAGCGUUAGAAAAAACGGCCGUGCUCUGCUCUGUCUUGUGUGUCUCGUGAAGAGCACUGUCAAGAAAGGAGUGACUAGACGUCACUGCGGAUUCUGAUGCAAUAUGAAUAUCGUAUGCUGGGCUUUGUUCACAGCCGGGGACCACAAUGAUUUUUGUCAGCACUAUACUUUCCAUCCGAGGAACUUGCCGAGGGCAGCAUGGAGGCCUUCUUUCUCGGAACCGCAAAGCAGAUCGAAGAGGCCGAGGCCGCGGAACGUGCCGCGAGCGACGCGGCGGCCGCGGCGCAAAAAAACAGUGCCGAACAGAUGCUGGAGGGCUCCGUGUUGAACGACGUGAUGGACGUGCACGACGUGGCGUUGAAGGUGCAGACAGCGUUUUACACCGGCUUGGCCUACCUGGUGAUCUACGUGAAGAAGAGCGUCGAAUUCCUGCUGCACGCGGUGGUCUUCCUCCUCAACCCGCAGACGGUGUUUCAGCCGAUCGUGCAGGUGUGGGUUUACCUGGGGAAGCAGAUUAUCGGCGCGAGCCCCAUCGGGCACCUGGCGUUCGCAGUGGCGAUCGCCGCGCUGUGCUUCAGUUGCUUCCAGGGCACACUCGCCUGCGAGUCGAUGAGCGCGCGACACCGCAUGUGGCGACCGAUCUACCUGCGGCCGUCCCGCCAAGACGCGAUCGACCAAAUGAAGAAGCAUGUCCAGCACCGCGACGCUGAGGAAGGCACUCACAGCGAAAAAAUGAAGGAGCUGGAGCAAGACCGCGCAACCAACUACCGAGACCUUCACGCUGACAGAUUUCCAGUCGGGACAUUUCACGCAUCAGGUGCUCUGCACUUAUCGAGUGCAGAUAUGUCUGGGUCUGGACGAGGCUUGCUACAUUUGUCAUGCAUGUCUGACAUGACUCGAGAAUCUGUGAUGGAUGAGCACUAAGAAAGGUCCUCUUACCUGUCAUGCAGAAACGCAGUUUGCCAUGCGGAAUACGAGCCAUAUAGUAGCUCAAAAAUUUGCAGUCGAUAGCUUCAAAAUCUUUCCAGACCCAGACAUAUUUGCAGUCGAUAGCACACCGAGGAACGCCAAGCGCUCGUCUUCCAAGUCGAGCCUCUGUUUCUAUCGUAUCGAAAAUCUCCCCCACGACCCCAGAAUGUGGAAGUGUUUGCAUUGGAAAGCUCCCGAUGGAAAUAUUUGCCACUCUGCGUGUAUCAGCAUUGCAAAUUUUCAAAAAAGCCUGUAUAGCGCAGCGCCACAGUAGAAGCGAUGCCUGUCAUGUUGAAACUUCUUUAGCUGGCUUGGAUUCUGAAACAAAAUGCGUCGCCUUCUUGCAAUGCAAAAUUUUUCCGUAUGGAAAGUUGGCAACGCAGGCUGUUCAGUCUUCUGGUCGUGGGGCACUUUUCACUGUAAUACUUUCGUCCGUGGAAACCGGCACCGUCGACCGCACCCGCCGACCGCGUUGCGUCUUCGACGGAGGCAGAGGCGGACCGCCUCUCUUCCCAGGGAUGAAAUCUGUUCGGAGUAGGGCGACACGAUACUGGAAGCGGAAGAAUCAAUAGCGACAGCAGCGAGAAGAGAAGUGGCAUUUUCCUUCCCUUGAAAAUAGAUGUACAAAAAAUUUCUCGAAAAAUUACGUAACUAGGGGAGAAUUUUACUCUUCUACCAGUCGCAUGCAGACAGCCACUAAUGGUCGUGGAAAACCUAAAUAGAACACUGCCUAUUGUAGUUUGACUUUACCUCGCUGGGCUGAUGGCCACAGCGUAUGAGUGUGCGUCUGUACGAAAGUGAUAUAUUCUGCCUAAAAAAAAAAUGAAAUUGAUGACGCGGGUGGUUCACACUACUGCCUGCUCUCUUGUACUUAUGUGUAUCAAGCCUCUAAGAACGACCCUGUCUCAGAAACAGAAUUCCUGUACUUCAAUAUGCUGAAAAAGUCGGGCUCGGGUUUCCACGGAAUAUUGAAUAAACUGAUGGUUUUGUAAAAAAAGAGAUUGACGAUACCAGCCCACCGUGGCCAAGGAACGCAGUUGAUGAUGUGAAAUGAGACAGAGAUGAGCUUCUCUCUGUCGACAGUACUGCCUAGGCUGGUACAGCUAUGAUCCACGCUCGCAUGCCAGGUCUCUUAAUACGUUCGUUCGGUUCGAUCGAGCAUUCUCAGCCCCAGCCUGCAUUUAGGCAGUGAAUUACUGGUAUCUAUUAGAACUGGCAAAUCCAUGUAGUCAAAAAGUGUCUGCAAUCUUCGUGACCGGGUCGUUUUUCUCAACUUGGAGAUCAGCACCGUGCAAAUUGUGUGUCCGACUACAAGUACCCGGGAACUAGUGUCGUGGCAAGCUACCGACUAGUAAUUUAG